AUCAUCCUUUUGCUUUUUAGAACCCCGUUGAAAGCAUUGAAGCAGGCCAACACACACAAAGCACAACUCAACACUCGAACUUGAAAAAAAAAUUCCCCUCUGAUCUCUGGCUUUAGCCAUGGCUACUUCUGCUGCUACCUCUCAGCGAACCGAGCUAGCCAAGCACUGCAGCUCCAAGGACUGGUCCAAAGCCAUUCGAAUCCUCGAUUCUCUUGUUUCUCAGAACGCUUCAAUCCAAGACAUAUGGAACAGAGCUUUCUGUUAUAGCCAAUUGGAGCUUCACAAGCAUGUGAUUAAGGAUUGCGACCGAGCUCUUCAGCUUGACGAUUCGCUUCUUCAAGCUUACAUUCUCAAAGGUCGAGCGCUUUCUGCAUUGGGAAGGAAAGCAGAUGCUUUAUUAGUAUGGGAGCAAGGAUAUGAACAAGCUCAGCAUCAUUCUUCUGAUUUGAGGCAGUUGCUAGAAAUUGAAGAGCUUUUGACGACAGCAAAACAAGGAAAUGAAAAUGUGUCGCACGAAGCCCAUGGGUCGAUCACGCUGCAAUCAGAAUCAGAUUCUUUGAGUAAUGGGAACUUGAUUGAAAAUAAAAAUCAGGAUAACUUGGGGGCUGAAGAUGAAUCAUGCACCAACAAUGGUGAUAAAUCUGUGAUCUUGAUGAAGACUGCUGAUAAAUUUGACUCAGAGAGUGAAUUAAAUGGUGAUGAUAGAGAGUCUAACAAAUUUGAUGGCCAAGUGAGCGGAAGCCCUGAUGUAAUUGAUAAAUUGAGUUAUAACUCUGAAUCAUGUAAUGACUCUAGUGAUGCGUCAGAAUCAUGCGAAAAGGUGUUUACCAAUAUUGGUGAGUCUAGCGAGUCAGUUAAUGUCGCUGAAAUUCUUACAAAGUCGAGCAAUAAGUUUGCUUUUACCCAUGAAAAACAUGAAGGGAGGAAAAAUAAGAAGUUCUGUGUUGCUCGGGUUCCAAAGACAAAGUCUAUAAGCGUAGAUUUUCGGCUGUCACGCGGAAUAGCAGAGGUUAAUGAAGGAAACUAUGGUCAUGCCAUUUCUAUUUUUGAUCAGAUACUGAAUGAGGACCCUGCAUAUCCCGAGGCUUUGAUAGGGAGAGGAACUGCAUAUGCAUUCAAGAGAGAACUUGAUUCUGCCAUAGCUGAUUUUACAAAGGCUAUACAGUUUAAUCCAUCAGCUGGUGAGGCAUGGAAAAGGAGAGGUCAGGCGCGGGCAGCCUUGGGAGAGUUUGUUGAGGCCAUUGAAGAUUUAACUAAGGCAUUAGAGUUUGAAUCCAACUCAGCAGAUAUUUUACACGAGAGAGGUAUCUUUUCUGACGCUAGAGUCUUUUCAUUUUAUUAUUAGGGGGCUGCAGUUGAAGACCUUUCAGCAUGUGUGCAGCUUGAUUGCGAUAAUAAGUCUGCCUACACAUAUUUGGGUUUAGCGUUAUCUUCAAUUGGCGAAUAUAAGAAAGCCGAGGAAGCACAUCUAAAAGCACUUCAACUUGACAGACAUUUCCUUGAAGCAUGGGCACACCUGACUCAGUUCUACCAAGAAUUAUCAAAGCCAGCUAAAGCUCAGGAAUGUCUAAGUCAGGUGGUCCAAAUUGAUGGGAGGUUUGCUAGAGCUUAUCAUCUGCGUGGCCUUCUAUUCCAUGCAAUGGGAGAGCAUAGGAAAGCUAUCAAGGAUUUGACAAUGGGGCUGACCAUUGAUGGUGCCAACAUUGAGUGUUUGUAUUUACGAGCUUCAUGCUACCAUGCUGUUGGACAGUACAAAGAGGCGAUCAAGGAUUAUGAUGCUGCACUGGAUUUGGAAUUGGACUCGAUGGAUAAGUUUGUGCUCCAAUGCCUAGCCUUUUAUCAGAAAGAGAUUGCUCUUUACACAGCCUCAAAGUUUAGCAAUGAGUUUUGCUGGUUUGAUAUUGAUGGGGAUAUUGAUCCACUUUUUAAGGAAUACUGGUGCAAGAGAUUGCAUCCGAAGAAUGUAUGUGAAAAGGUUUACAGGCAACCUCCUUUGCGCGAGUCUUUACGAAAGGGAAAGCUUAAAAAACAAGAAUUAGCUCUUACAAAACAGAAGAUUACCCUUAUACAGGCUGCAGAUUCCAUUGGCAAGAAAAUCCAGUAUGAUUGUCCUGGUUUCCUACCUAAUAGACGUCAGCAUCGAAUGGCAGGAUUUGCUGCUAUUGAAAUUGCACAAAAGGUUUCCAAGGCUUGGCGUUCACUGAAAGCAGAAUUGAAGGGCUCUAAUAAAAGCAACUCAAGGUAUGGCAAAAGGGCCAGGAGAAGGGAAAGACUUAACAUGCCAAGUCAGAAUAGAGGAGGUGCAGGCUGUAGCACAAGUACUGCCGUGGAAACAUCCUCUUCUUAUGGCAUUGUAGAUGAUAGAUCAUCCAGCCGUUCCAUAUCAUGGCAAGAGGUUUACACAUUAGCUGUUAGAUGGAGACAGAUCUCUGAGCCUUGUGACCCAGUUGUGUGGGUGAACAAGCUAAGUGAAGAGUUCAAUUCUGGAUUUGGUUCUCACACACCUAUGAUUCUGGGACAAGCAAAAGUUGUUCGAUACUUUCCUAACUAUGAAAGGACCUUAGAUAUUUCAAAGACUGUCAUCAAAGAGAGAACAUAUGUCUACAGCAAAACAGACCAGAUCAUUCAUCUCUUGAAAGAUGGGAAAUUAGAAGAAGUCAUUCAUGCAAAAUCUUGCUCUGAUCUUUAUAAUAUUGUCGGUGAGGAUUUCUGGUCAGCUACUUGGUGCAACAGUACUGCAUUUGAAGGGAAACAACUCGAAGGGACAAGGAUAACUCUUCUAAAAAUGGGAGAACAUGGUUUUGACUUUUCAAUUAGAACACCUUGUACACCAGCAAGAUGGGAAGAUUAUGAUGCAGAAAUGGCAAUGGCAUGGGAAACCCUCUGUAAAGCUUACUGUGGUGAAAACUAUGGGUCUACUGAUUUCGACGCACUUGAAAACGUGAGAGAUGCAAUCUUAAGGAUGACAUAUUACUGGUAUAACUUUAUGCCACUCUCCAGAGGAUCUGCUGCAGUUGGACUAGUGGUUAUGCUGGGUUUGUUACUUGCAGCCAAUAUGGAGUUUACGGGAAGCCUUCCACAGGGUUUACAGGUCGAUUGGGAAGCUAUUUUGAAUUUAGAUCCAGACUCCUUCGUGGACUCUGUCAAAAGUUGGCUGUACCCAUCCUUGAAGGUGAAUACCUCAUGGAAAGACUAUCCUGAUGUUGCAUCCACUUUUUCAACAACAGGAUCUGUUGUUGCUGCCUUGAGCUCUUCUGAUGAUUGAACUUCUUGAGAUAUUACCUGGUCUAUCUUAAGGUUGCGGAUAAUUAUAUUGCUGCUGGUCUCGUCAUAAGCUGUUGCUGCUGAGAAGUAUUAGGUCAUUGACCUUCUUGAGCCUUAAAUCUGUACGCAGGCUUGUUAUUGUAAUAAUGUGUUUCCGAUUGUACAGAAAUGUAACAUAACUACAUAAGGAAGUAGAUGACUAAAUUACUAUUUAUCUUUGUUACUUCAAUAAUAUCUACUUUCUCGCCAUCCCGGCUUUUGAAAGAGAAGAGAGACGAAACGGUGGGUGCUGUAUUUAUACUUGUAUUUUAUUUGUUGUAAAAAUUGUUUGUAGUGAAAUUAUUUUUCCCCAUAUUUGAAACGUUGUUGUAUUA